AACUAGAAGACGAUCAUUACUGUCAUCUAAUUGACUCUGCUGUUUUUCAUUGUCUGGUUUAAGUCUCUAUACAUAUGCAUUUACAUAUUUAGCGUGAUUUACGACCACUAUUUCAAACACUAUUGCCUCCAAUCCUUUCGCUUCUCCGGUCUCCAGACUACCGAUCACUUUAUCCUCCGACCCUGAGGACGACAUCACGCUAUUCCCCCAGUCACACUACGUGUCGUGCUUCGAUUACAUCUCCAACUCGAUACAUCUCGCAUCCACAUAUAGAUCUAUCAAAAUGCCGACGUCCAUGCAUUUCUCCCAUCUCCGAAAAUGGAUCAUUGCUUCACCCCCCGUCGAAUUCAUAAUCAACAGAGUGAGAGAGUUGCUUCUAGGCGCCUUGAGACAAGGGCCCAUUCCACAACAUAUUGCCUUUGUCAUGGACGGGAAUCGCCGGUUCGCGAGGAGUCAUGGGAUAGAGACUAUUGAAGGACAUCAUCUGGGAUUUGAAGCUUUAGCUAGGAUACUUGAAGUUUGCUACAAGAGCGGAGUCAAGGUAGUAACAAUCUACGCAUUCAGUAUCGAAAACUUCAACAGGUCGCAAUUCGAGGUCAACGGGCUUAUGGACAUGGCGAAUGUAAAGCUUGCUCAACUCGCUCAGCAUGGAGAUAUCCUAGACAGAUACGGAGCCAGCAUCCGGUUCCUUGGUCGCAAAGACCUACUCAGACCCGACGUUGUUGCAGCAGUGGACCGGGCUGUUGAAGUUACGAGUCGCAAUGGAGAUAGAGUUUUGAAUAUAUGUUGCCCUUAUACUUCCAGGGACGAAAUAACGCAGGCAAUACGACAAACUGUGAUUGACUACAGCACACCUUUCGAAGCAAGUCGGGGGAAUAGAGCACGGAAGCCGUUUUCAGAAUCGCAUAUUGCAUCGAACAUACGGGCACAAAAUAUGAAAGAUCAAGAAGGGAGCGGAGACGCAGACUCAAUAUCCGCCUCCUCACAGGAUGAAGACAAUGGUUCACCCAGCGCCAACCACGCAAACAGUGGAUAUGAUUCCCCCUCCUCUUUCUCAUCAUCUACAACCCUUCAUCUCAACGGGCAAAACAACGGCAAUUCUGACCUCCUAUCACCGGAAUUCAUCACACCCCAAACCCUAACAGAACGCAUGUACACUGGUAACAAUCCUCCUAUCGAUAUCUUAAUCCGAACCUCCGGCGUUGAACGACUGAGUGACUUCAUGCUCUGGCAAUGCCACGAGGAUACCGAGUUAGCCUUUCUAGAUGUGCUCUGGCCGGAAUUCGACCUAUGGCAUUUCUUGCCAGUUCUCUGGAAGUGGCAGCGAAGAGUCACGAAGUCAUGGAAAGGAGAAAGCGGUCUUGACAAUGACGACUGGAAGGGUUCAAGAGACAACAAUAUUUCUGUUGCGGAAACUACAACGCAGAUUGAGGCGUUUUAGAUUUGUGGAUUUCGUUAGCGAGGCUCAGUACUGUUGUAUAUGGUAACCUCAUGUAACAUUAAUAGACCCCCUUCCUCGAGCCAGUGAACUGAUGCACGGGCUUAGGACUAGGAGAAUGUACCAAAAUUUUAUAAUCAUAUACCAACG